CAACUCAGCUUCUUCUCCCCCUUACUUUCAACCCCCCUCGAGACCACCUAUAACCCCCAGCGACCGACGUUUUGUCAUCUAUGGACCCUCAACGCAGGACACGCACAGCAGGCUAACCUCGCCUCAAGCAGCGAUCAGGAAGCUUCCCCUUCCAAUGUCGCUCUGGAGAGCCUAUCAAGGCCUAUCCUCGAGAGCCCGGCUGGGCGUUGGGCUCGGGCUGCUCGCCUGGGGCACUAUUGGCUUGACUUGGGGUGACGAGAUCGCCGAGGCCCGCAAGUUUCUCAAAUUUUCAGACAAGGACAAGGCUCAGCUGGAAAAGAUGGCGCCCAAAAUCGUAGUGGUCGACAGCCGGGAGGAGAAGUCAUGAAAGCACUCGGGCCAGGAAAACGUGGCACAGACAGGGGACGUAUCACGCAAAAAAUGGAGAGCAUAUGUGUGAACUCAUGUUGUUUAGAGCAAGGCUAUAGGACUACAGCUCGUCGAUAGACGUGUCCAAGCAACCGCAAAGCUCCCAGCGACAUGAUUUGUUAGAAAAACCGGGCUGCGCCAUGUCCAUGGGCCCCGGGUCGCAGCGGAAGUCAAAAGACGCUAGAAUCAUACCUCCAAGUAUCCAUGAACGCGUGACAACCUGUCCUUCAUCCGGGGAGGCUCAUGCAUAGAGGCAUUGG